AACGUUCUUUCAUUAGUUCAUUACUUACGAAACUAAGUAUCUAGUUUUAUUUUAUUAUAUUGUUUUGUUUAGUAAACAGAUUACAGAAACGUGGAAAGCGAAGCGAAAAUGUUGCUGAGUCAAUGACAUUACUUAUUGACGGUCGAAUUGUAUCUUGCUAUAAUAAGAUUCUAAUUCAUGCCAACUGCAUUUUACUUCUCAAAGAUGAUAUUGAACCCAGCAUACGAGCGGUCUAUAAUUACGCAAAAUUAGUACGGAAUUCGAGAACACUUUAUGCUGGUGGUCAAUCCAUUUAGACGAGUUGAAACAUUGAACAACGAAUCUCGUUCCACGCUCAGUGUACAGUGAUAAGCCGCCUCGCGAACAUCGAUCCCAUCAUGAUUAUAAAAUUAAUUUUUAUCAUCGCAUUUAUCGGAGCCGGGAGCGGUUUGCAGUUAAAACAAGUGGUUAUGCUAUCCAGGCAUAAUAUACGGACGCCUUUGACGACGAAUUUGCAGUUAUUGACCCCUAAAAGGUGGCCGAACUGGAACGGGAACACGGGGUAUCUCACUCCAAAAGGACAGAUACUCGAACAAGCUAUGGGGAGGUAUUUCGCCGACUGGAUUAUCGAAGAGAAGUUACUAUUGGAUAAGUGCCCGAGAAAUCAAGUGUUUGUGUUUUCUAAUACGAGAGAAAGAACUAUACAAACAGCGAAAUCGUUCGCAGAAGGCGCUUUUGGCGACUGUGUGGAGGUGUACUAUAAAAACAUGACGGGGAUGGACCCAGUUUUUAAUCCCGUUGUAAGGAAUGUUUCGGAAGAGUUUAAGGAGAUCGUUUUAAGUGAAAUGCAAGCGCAGUUAAAUAAAAUAGACUUAAAAAAUGCACUUUUAAGGCUGAAUACAAUAGUCGAUAUUAAAGAUUCAGAAUAUUGUAAAACUGAAAAUAUUUGCGAUUUGAGUGAGGUGAGAAAUAAAAUAGUUUUCGAGUUAAACAAGGAACCAGAUGUAGCUGGGGCGUUGCAACUUGGAAAUACUCUAGUUGAUGCUUUCCUGAUGGCGUACUACGAUGGAAUGAAGGAAGACGAUGUAGCGUGGGGACAAAUUCACACGUUAGAAGAUUGGAAGGCGUUACUGAAGAUAUUAAAAACGUAUCAUAAGAUCCGUUUUCAAACCAAGCUAUUAGACAGAGAUGUAGCGUCGACUUUGGUUAAAUAUUUGGGGGAUGUGUUUCAAAACGGUAGUAAAAAGUUCUAUGUACUUGUUGGACACGAUGCUAACAUACUGUCGUUGAUGUCUUCUUUGAAUUUUAAAGAUUACACGUUGGAUGGUCAGUUCGAGAAGACGCCUAUUGGCGGGAAAGUUGUGUUUGAGAAGUGGCACGACGAAGUGAAUGGCAGAGAUCUGCUGCGAGCGCGCUACGUGUACCAGUCCUCGACGCAGAUCAGAGAUGGCGUUGAAGCCAGUUUAUUACACCCACCGCUAGAGGCGCUGUUGGAAAUGGAAGAUUGUGCUGUUGACGAAAACGGGUACUGUGCGUGGGACGAUUUUAUAAGAAAAUUUAACAUAGUUUAGUUAAUAGUAAUAGUAAAUACUCAGACGGUCGGCGAAAGAUCGUUUUUUUUUUUGUCGGCUCACUAAAGUGUUUAACAGUCUUGUCAAGUGGCAAUUAAGUGUGCGCCUUCAAUGCCUGGAUAAUGCCCCUACUCACACUCCUUUGGCAUACUAAGGUGGACUCAGACCGAUCGGACUGGAUCGGAGGGUCCGACUACUGCUAACCACACACUGUAUGCGACACCCACCACGCUCGUUAGUUAUAUGAGAUUGUACAUCCCACGGAAGUGUGGAGGUAGCGGCUUCCUAAACGCCAAAAAUCUCCACAACCGCGAGGUGUGCAUUCUCAGGAAUUAUUUCCUUAACAAGCAAUUGCGGACGAAGUUAUGACGAAUAACUCCCUUCUUAUGAUUAGAAUUGGCGGGUACGAAGGAAGGGUCAUUUUCGCGAGUACCGACAGACUAAUUAACAAAUAUUCGGGUAAACAUAAUCACAUUUGUUAUCACUACUCACUGAAUGCCAUUAGUUUAACAUAUCUCAACACUAAAUAAUUCUAAUUUAUUCUCGAAAUCUUAUGAAUAUCACAGUACCUAGACUUGGCUCACGAGAUAACCGCCAUGUGGGAUGUUGAUUCGACAAUCAUUUUCCCGAUAGUCGUUUCAGCGAAUAGCCUCUUAGCGAAGAGUCUCUACCAACACCCUGAGACUUUCGCUAGGUGUUUGGAUCAAGGGUCAGAUGCAGAAGGCACGGCGCAGAUAGUAGAGGUACGUCGGUUCCUCAUUUUGCGGCCCUGACCACCGGCAGCUUGGGCCCUGCGUCGCUACCGAUCAGUGUCAGCCGAAAUUUAAUUAGAAUUGAAAAUAUGGAAAAAAUCAUUACUAAUUGAACCGUAACGGAUGGUUACAGUUUACGGCUCAAUUUGUAAUGGUUAAUUUUCAAUUCUAAUGAACGUUCGUCCAACACUGCUACCGGCGGCACCCUAGGCCUAGGUUAGGUUUUUCAGAAUGUGUUUAUAUUUAUAUGUACAAUAUUUUGUAACUUAAAACCUAUGAUAAAUAAAGGAUUAAAAUAAUA